AAUUACGUACUUCAUUUGUGUUGCGCCUGAGUUAUUAAGUUUGUCUGUGGGGAACAACAACAUUUCCCUUAGAGGGAGAGGGAGAGGGAUUUGAGAAAGGGAUACUCCAAUACCAGUCCUAAUCUUUUUCUCUGAUUUCUUCAAAAUGUCUGCGAGUUCUUAUUUCAAUGUAGACUUUUCACCCAUUGAUUGUUCAAGGUAUCGACAAAUGCAGAAUGAAGAAUGGAGUCCGCAAAGUCCAGAAAGCGACCCAGACCCGAGUUUCGAUUCCGACGAAGAGAACCCCGAAUCAAAUAUGACUUCAAUUAGCUCUGAUCAUGACCCCAGCUCUGGAUUAAGUUUCUCCGAAUCACCUCUUCCACGUGCUAAAAACUCAUCAAUUUCACACCAGUCAACUUCAAAAAGCCUUGUUUUGCAAUCUCGAGGAAACAGAGUUCAUUACGAGGGAAGUGAACGUACAAAAUGGGUGAACAAAUCUGUUCCCCGAUCCAAUUCACUUGUGAUUGGAAAGCGUUCACGUGCUAUAGGACUAAAAGAUAUCGAUUUGACAAGAAACCUUGCAGCAAAACACAUCCGAGAAGCUAAGGAGGCAAACAAAAGCCCUUCGAAGAAACACUUAUUUAGCCCUCUGUCUAAACAAAUGUCUUGCCCGACGUUUAGUACGCCCUUCGAAUUCGUUGGACUAUCUGAGAGACAUGGGGUGACUGGUAGAGGUGGUCCAACCGGUAAAGCUGGUCUUAAUAGUUUUAGCCGGGGCUUGAAUUUUGAAUUAGUCUCACAAACAAAAUCACCUUUAGUUGGCAGUCCAGUGAAGGAGGUAUCACUAGAUUCAGGCACUAAUUUUGUUAAACUAUUUAGUUGUGUCAAUGAGGAAGAUGGUUCUAAUGAGGAAGGCAUUCCAAACAAGGAAUCUGACCAUGACUGGUGGGAAGGAUGUAACAGUACAAAAACUCCAGUUGCCACCCAAAGUAGCUAUAAACUCUGUUUAUCAUUUGUGCCAAAAGUGGCAGAAGUAAUUGAUCUAACAGUUGAUGAUGUGCUGUCAGAUGGUAAAGCAAGCAAUAAAAACAGGAUUUCAGAACAUGAUGGCAUUGCUGAGAAAGCUGAUGAUGUUUCUGUGCAGAAUACAAUUCAUCAAGGUUAUCGGCUUGUCUCUAGAAAUGCAUCCACAGAGAGGCAAGCAUUUUCUUUCAGUGAUGAUGAGGAUAGUGAAUCUGGCCCCAACUGUCGGUUGAAAAGUGACAAGGAAUCUUCAGAAGAGUUGCUUUUACCUGAUCUAGCUUCCCAGAGAGAGAGACAUUCCUUGCAAGGCUUUGUGAAGAUGGGAAUGGUUUUCACUCUAUGUGCAGUGUUGCUCUCAGUAUAUCUGCAUGUUAACCCUCACGGGUUUUGUCUGGAUAGUGAGUUCACCAAUAACAUUUCUGGUAUAGGGUUGGCACUCAAGUCAGAAUUGUUUGGUCAACACAUUGCUCAGAAGAUUGUCACUGCAGCACUCAAAAAUCACUUUGACUCCAAAAACACCAGGAAACCACUUGUAUUAGCAUUUCAUGGAUGGACUGGAAUUGGGAAGAACUUUGUUGGCAAUAUCAUCAUGGAACAUUUUUUCAAGCACAAGACCAAAAGCCCAUUUGUUCACAAGUUUAUCAUUCCACUCCACUUCCCCCAUCGAUCAGAAGUAGAAAUGUACAAUCAACAGUUGUUGAAGUGGAUCAGAGGGAAUUUUUCACAUUGUCAAAAAGGAGGUUUGUUUAUAUUUGAUGAAAUGGACAAAAUUCACCUUGGCAUGAUGAAUAAAAUCAAAGAUGCUCUCUUGGAUUACCGCGGCAAGAAAGCAGAGACCGGCCAUCAGAACAUGGUCUUCAUUUUCCUGUCCAAUUCAGGCGGGGAAGCUAUUAAUCAGCAUAUAUUAAAGCACAUCCUUGAUGGAAAACUGAGAGAAUCUCUAACCCUAAAGGAACUGGAAGUUAUUUUUUAUGACAUUGCAAAGAACAUACCAAAUAUCUGGUUUGCAGACCUGCUGAAAUUGGAAGUUAUAGAUUACCUAGUGCCAUUCCUUCCUUUGGAACGAACACACUUGAAGCAAUGUAUCAGACGCGAACUUGCCAAGAAAGGGUACAAUGUAAAAGAGUCUUUUGUUACAGAAAUUGCUGAUCAGAUGGAUUAUUUCCCAGAAAGCCACCAGUUUUUUUCUGUAUCUGGGUGUAAAAAAGUUUCAUCCAGAGUUGACAUGAUUAUGGAGUAAAUGCUUUUUAGCUGUGCAAAGGGUCGUUUAGACAUCAACACAUAUUCGUGCAGGGAGUGUUUUCAGUGAUGAGAGGAGAUAAAAGCGACAGAAAUAUUGUUCAAGUGGCACAGAUGUGUUUAAAAUGUGUUAUUGUUGUACCCAUUUGAUCUAAUUUUAUUUUAGCAAAGAUGCAUUUUGCAGAUUAUUAUGCCUGAAAGAAAAAAAACAAAGAAAAAACACUUUUUUGGCAAAUAUUUUAGGUUAGAAUUGCAUCA